GUUGAGGGAUCUUCAGCCGAGGGCCGGUCAAAAAAUAAGGGAAAAACAGCAGACUGUCACUCUGUUUCAGGUACUGGCUAUACUUAUCUACCGAGCAGUGGGCAAACUGACCAUAAAUGCGUAAAUAAACUAGCCCGUCCCAGAGAGUGAGGCGUUCCUCUCGGACUUUUUUCGAUCAAUCACACAGACAGUGGCUUCUUUUGAUUAAACCCCAAAUUGUCAUUGGACAGAGGUAAUCAUGUGACAAGCAAUACGGUCCAAUUUCAACCUUGUCUCCAUGAAAGCAAUAGUUUGAUGGCACCGCGGUCCCCAUACGGCCGUAAUCAGCAAAAUAGUUUUUUUUUUUUUUUUUACCCGGCACGAUAUUUCAUUAUAUCUUCCUUGGGUCACAAAUUUGUGAGCGGCGAAUUUGCAAGACUUGGAGGAGAUGAAUUACGAAUUCGAGCGAGAGACGGGUUUUAUCAAUAGUCAGCCGUCGCUCGCUGAGUGCCUGACAUCUUUUCCCCCUGUCGGUGAUGCAUUUCAAAGUUCAUCAAUCAAGAGCUCGACGCUUUCACACUCGACACUGAUUCCUCCUCCUUUUGAGCAGACCAUUCCAAGCCUGAACCCCGGCAGCCACCCUCGCCACAGCCGGCCCAAGCAAAACCCUAAUGGCUCAUGCCCGCUGCCUGCCGCAUCCUUACCCCCAGAGUACCCUUGGAUGAAGGAGAAAAAGGCAUCCAAGAAAAACCAGACAACUUCGACAGCAACAACCACCGAUCCUGGUCCACUAUACUUCUCCCCUCAAGGCUCGCCCGAGAUUUCUGAUGGUGGCAGUGGGGCAACUCGCCGACUCAGAACGGCGUACACCAACACUCAGCUGCUGGAGCUGGAGAAGGAGUUCCACUUCAACAAGUAUCUCUGCCGACCAAGGCGCGUGGAAAUCGCCGCUCUGUUGGAUCUCACCGAGCGGCAAGUCAAAGUUUGGUUUCAAAACCGGAGAAUGAAACACAAACGGCAAACACAAUGUAAAGAAAACCACAACGGCGAUGGAAAACCACCGAGCUUGGAGGAGGCAGGCGGACGGGGUGAUGGGAAAUCUUUCUUCGAACAAGUGGCAAACAAUGUAUCAGGGGCGCUUUUGGAAAGAGAGGGUUAUCCAUUUCAGCAGAAUACCUUAACUUCACAACAGUCACAGAAUGGACACAAUAGUGAUUCCCAAAGCGCAACUGUCUCUCCUUUAGGUAGCAAUGACAAACAUCUGAAACAUUUUCCCAACCCGUCACCCACUGUUCCUAUCUGCGGCUCAACAAUGGCCCCGGAUUGUGCAUCUGCUCAGGACAAUGGCAGUCCUUCGGCCCUGGACGUCUCUUUACAGGACUUCAACGUUUUCUCCAACGAUUCAUGCUUACACCUCUCAGAUGCCGUGUCCCCAAGUUUGUCAGAAUCUGUAGACAGCCCCAUUGGUUUAUCAACGGAGGCCUUUGAUUUCUUCUCUGAGACGCUUACAACAAUCGACCUGCAACACUUGAGCUACUAACUCUAACUGAAGUUUCAUUAUAGGGACGUCAAUAUUUUCUCACAUUGAUGGUCUGUGUAUUUAAUUGUGACUUUAAAUAUAGGCCUAGACCAUUAAUCAAUGAGGUAAGUUUUUCAAUAAUCGAGUGACCAUUUUUGUGUACAGAGAAAAUAUGGCUGGAAAAAAAGUGAUAUUUUUCACGUUUUAUUUUUGUAUCGCUCGUCGGCAAAGCGCCAUAUUUUCAUAGAAUAAAUUUGUACUUGUUAUUGAAAA